AUGGAUAAGUGGUUGAUUAAAAGACAAUCGGAAAGUGGACUGUCUACUGGGUCUCAAUCAAAAAGUGAACAGUUUACUGAGUCCCAACUGAAAAGUAGACCAUCUAGUGAAUCUCAUCCAAAAAGUGGAUUAUCUACUGAGUCUCAGUGUGCGAGUGGACUCUCUACAGAAGCCCAAUCGAAAAGUCUAAUAUCUUCUGAGUCCCAACCGAAAAGUGGACCAUUUAUAGAAUCUCAUCCUAGAAGUAGAUCAUCUAUUGAAUCCCAACUAAGAAGUGGACCAUCUACUUCAUAUGUGAGGAGUAGACUCUGUUCGGAAACACAAUUUGAAAGUGAACCAUCUACUCACGCCCAGUUAGAAAGUGGAGCAUACAGUGAGGUGGAGAGUGUGGAGACAGAUAUUGGUCACUCUCCACAGUCUCCACGGAAGAAGGUUGAAUUACAAAAAAAAGUGCAAAGUCGGUAUAAGUUCUUGAACGAUUGGUUGAAAGAUAAAAAAUUUCAAGGUUGGCUGUCAAAAACAAAUUUGAAGAACUAUAAAGGUGAACCAGCUUCUUUACAUGACGAAAAUCAUCUUGAUUGGGUACCAUUCAUCAAUAUGGGACAUGGAAUUGAUCAAAGUCUUGAUCAAAGUAAUACGGAUCCAAUUUCUGAUGUAUAUAAAAGGUUACAAAACUAA